AAAAUUCUAAUCUGGUUAAAGUUUUUGAAUCAAACGCGAACUGUACACGGCGCUUUUUUCUCAUGUUCCUUUUUUCAUGUUUCCUCGCCAGCAAGCUGAGGCCAGUUUUCGUUUAAGCCGUUGUUUCCACGCUUCAGUGGCGAAUUCAAAUGGCUUUCUCGUAUUUUUCGCGCCUUCAAUAAUUCAACAGGUUUCCUCUAACUGGUGCGACCUGUUGAUCGUAAACCAAAUUAGGAAUUAUAGUCGCUGGCAUUUGUAAACGAGCCGAGAAGUCGUCGCUUGGUUCUAUUUGGAAAGCAGCUAGAGUUGAAAGAUUUUUUUGCCCUAUAAGAUGUUGUGUUAUUAAGCCGUCUCUAGAUAUUUCUAUUGACUUUAUAAAGAAUGGAUAAUGUGUGUUUCACGCAAAGAAGAGUAGCAAGGACCAAGAGAUAAAGAACUGAAAUGACUUCGCAAGGUAGGUUACGAAUAGCCCUCACAAAAAGGUAGUUAAUGCAAUUCGCUAUGCCAAAGCUAUCAACUCAUCACUGAAUUCAAGUCUGGAAAAAACCUUGGGCUUGCUUCAUCGAGAGUUUGAGAAGGAAUUUCGUCGUAUCGUCGAGGUACAACAAACAGCUCUUGGGGAGUUUCCGGAGCUUGAAAGGUAUUUUCGUUCAACAUUUUCAGGUGUUACAAAUAAACAGUUUCGAAGACAACUUAGCGAAGCUUUGGCAAGUAAAAGGAGGACAGAGGAGUUUAAACGAAUCCGAACCCGUCUGUCUUUACCAAGUUUAUCACCCGUUGAACCUAUAAGUCACGAAGACAACGUUUAUGUUCCGCUAUCUCGCUCUAAAAAGGAUAGUGAGAUUGUGUAUCUUCCACCUAUAUGAUGGUGUAUUUUAUUCACUGAGAUUUGCUCUGUUUGGAGACAUUUUAUUUCUCGACUGUGUCAGUCUUUUGCCACCAGUUCGGCUUGCAUCAUAAAAUCCUCAAGUGUGAGCACCUCGUGUAAUACUGUUUGUUACGUGAGGUUGCACUAGCACAUGAUAUGACGUUUUAAUCGGAUGAAAUUCUGUGUAUCCAAUCAAGUGAACAGCUACUAAGCCGUUCUUUUCUGUCGUGCUUGCCAUUUUUUAAUGCUAUACGAAGUGGCUCCAUUUUGUUGAGUCUGCGGAUGAAAUCCAAAUGACAUCCAACCCAGCAGUGAGAUCCUCUGGUAUUGUUUGUCCUGUGUGUACGAAGUGGUUCUCACUUUAGAAUCUGUGAAUAAAAUUGGAAAGUGUGAUAUUCAAAUGGAAGCUUUUGAGCCGUACUUUGCUGUAGUAUUUAUGAUUAUCCUGUACAAGGUUGUUGUAACUGUUUUUGAGUCACCGAUGAAAUUCUUUUGACAGAGAAACCAUUCAAGUAGAAGCUACAGGGCGCAAUUACUUUUCGGCGUUCCCUAUUAUCGGAUAAUGACAGAAUAGUGAAAUCAAACAACCGUCCAGUCGUUGGUAAAUAGGUAAAUGCUUUCUUGAUGUGCGGAAAGGUUGCUGUAGCAACAAUUGAAGCAGCCGAGAAGGGUUUUGAUAUUGCUUUGCUCUGUUUUUUUUCCCCUGAAACAGGCUACUUUGAAGAUACCGGGACUACUCUUAAGGUCGUACAUUUGCAGCAUUAUUAUUAUUAUUAUUCCAGUUUUGUUAAACCACCGUUAUAAGAUGAAAUGAGCGAUGUGUAUUUGAAAAUGCGUUUUCAGUGCUGAGCGAGGCUAUUAUGCGACCUAAGAAGGGCGCUUUUGUCGGAAAUUAUCGUUGUGGAGAAAUACCUUGCAUAGUAAUCUCGGUGGCUUCUACUCCAUUUAUCUGCCUGUCAAGUUUCAUAUUUAGCCAACGUGAAUAUACAAAUCUUACUGCUGUGCCAACAAUACUCUGCCGCUCAUAUUACUUAAGGCGUGUCAUGCUUGCAGAUUGUUUGAUAAAAAUAAUAACGUAUUUUUAUAGCUCUUGGUGCUGGGCCGAAAUUGACAAAAUAAACCUCAAUGGCUUUUUUCUAUUCAUGUUGUACUGCGUAGUGGAGCCGAAAUUUUAAUAACAUCACCAGUUGACCCGGAAAUUAUGACGGAUUAGUUCAGUGUAACGAAAAUCUGGUGCGGCAUCGUUUAGGAAAUAAAAAUAUCGCUCUGACGCCCCUACCUUUUAGUUAGUUAUCUGUUGAUAAAACCAAGUUGAAACCAUGAUCCUCGAUUCAAGGCCUUGUUACACGCUGAUUCGUGAAUGUAAUGGCCCUUCGAGAAACCUUUGCACUGUUUUCCAACUAAAUGGAAAAUGGCGUGCGUCAAACCUCUCUUUAAAGAUGGCGCCCAAGACUGUCGGGACAAUUUUAGACCGAUCUCUGUGCUCUCCAUAUUGUCUAAAGUCUGUGAAAAGCAUGUUGCUGCCUCCUUUAUGGAUUACCUUGUGAAAACUCGCUUACUGUAUGAAUUGCAAUCAGCUUUUCGCGCAGGGCACUCCACCGAGUCCGCGGUGAUCAGUUUAACUGACCAAAUCCUCUUCAAUCUAGAUGAAGACAAGCUUUCUGGAAUGGUUUUUGUAGACUUUAGAAAAGCGUUUGACGUUGUUGAUCAUCAAUUGCUUCUUACGAAAUUGCGCCUGUAUAGAGUGAGUGAUCCUUCGCUGUCAUGGUUUGAAUCAUAUCUUUCUGGUCGCCAACAGUUUGUCAGUAUUGACGGUCAAAGAUCAGACUCUCUACUUAUCAAGCUAGGGGUACCGCAAGGAAGUGUCUUAGGUCCCGCACUGUUUUUGUUAUUUGUGAAUGACAUUCCCUUACAUCUAACAAAUUCAACUGUGGACAUUUACGCUGACAACACUACAAUAAUCGCAAGUGCGCAUUUCUCGGAUCUAUGCUCGAUGACCCAACGUUUAAAUUCCGAUCUUGAUGCGGUUCAGAGAUGGGCGUCUUGCAACAAAAUGUUCAUCAACAAGAAAAAAACGAAGUCCCUUUAAGUGCACGGAAAGCGCAUUCCUGCUAAGCUGGAUGAGGACACACCCCUACGCUUAGAUGUCAAGAUUGAUGACUGUUAUUGAACAAGUCUCUUCUCAUAAGAUUUUAGGAGUAGUUAUAGAUAGUCAAGUGAACUACGAAUCACACGUUGAUGAAUUAUGUAAGAAACUUUCCGAACGCAUAGGACUCUUGAAGUGUAUUAGCCCGUUUCUUAAGCAACAUCAAAGGGAAACCUAUUACAAUGGUGUUAUAAAGCCCACCCUCCUUUAUGGGAGCAUGAUAUGGGACAGCUGCAAUGUCGAACAUCUUCAAAGUAUUUUAAAACUUUAAAAAAGAGCGGCACACAUUAUACUUGAUGCUGAAAGACUUAAACCAUCGGUCGUAUUAUUCAAUAAUCUAAACUGGCUCCCUUUUACUAAACAAUCUCUAAUAAAGAGAUGCGCAGUAGUGUAUAAGCGGGUCCAAAAUUAUAUUACGCCUGUUUAUUUGAAGAGUUUAUUAGUCAGAAAUUCAGAAAGUCAUAAUCGCGCCACUAGGAAUUCAAACAUAAAUCUGGUGUGCCCCGAGUAUAAACGAAAAACAGAAGGAGGUCGUACUUUCACUAUUAGGACUAUAAAGGACUGGAAUUGCAUGAAUGCCAAUAUAAGAAAUAAUGGCUCGCUAGCAAGUUUUAAGCGUAACGUUUUUAAAUCCUUUCUAGCUGAACAAAAGGCUGCGAUGCUCCUUAGACUGUAAUUGUAUAUACGUUUUAUGUUGUUUUUAUCUAUCUUAGUCAUAAUGUCUUUUUAGAAAUUAAUAUCUAUUAUAUUUUAUCCGAAAUUAUCUUUGAAAAUAGUAUAUUUUAUAGUUUUUAGUUGUAGAAUCUAUAUUUGUAAUUUGUUUUGAGGGCCACAGAGUCAUCAGUGUCUUAGGACUGCUGUUAAGUGUUUUACCCUCUUUAAAUAAAGCCUAUUAUUAUUAUUAUUAUUAUUAUUAUUAUUAUUAUUAUUAUUAUUAUUAUUAUUAUUAUUAUUAUUAUUAUUAUUAUUAUUAUUGUUCGAAAGAGACUCAGCAAACGUGUUGCACCGCAAGCGAUUGCAAUUUUAAACAGUUAUUUGUAGUGGUCAAAAUAAAGGCGGUUGUCUUAUGGGUCAUCAUUUUUUUUCCGGCUAAUUGUUUCCGUGAUGUCUCUCUUUUGCCGCCCGAAAGAAUCCCUGGGAACGAGGUUGGAGAUCAAUAGGUUCAUGCAUCAGUGAGUUUCUGGUGCUUUCAAAAUUUAACUAUUAUCCCAAACCAUUUCUUCAAUUCAAAGUUUCCUUUCCAUUUCCUUGUGUCCGGGACCUUAUGUCCACCAAUAACCAACUUAAAACCUUCUUCAGGUUGACGAAUUUAAAAGGCAACCUCUGUUAACCACGUUGUGAUUGAACUCAAAGCAUCUGUGCUAAAACUAUUAAAGGAAAAAUAGAACAGCCAGCUAGCACCUCUUUUCUAUUAACUAAAAUUCUAAUCUGGUUAAAGUUUUUAAAACAAACGCGAACUGUACACGACGCUUUUUUCUCAUGUUCCUUUUUUCAUGUUUCCUCGCCAGCAAGCUGAGGCCAGUUUUCGUUUAAGCCGUUGUUUCCACGCUUCAGUGGCAAAUUCAAAUGGCUUUCUCGUAUUUUUCGCGCCGUCAAUAAUUCAACAGGUUUCCUCUAACUGGUGCGACCUGUUGAUCGUAAACCAAAUUAGGAAUUGUAGUCGCUGGCAUUUGUAAACGAGCCGAGAAGUCGUCGCUUGGUUCUAUUUGGAAAGCAGCUAGAGUUGAAAGAUUUUUUUGCCCUAUAAGAUGGUGUGUUAUUAAGCCGUCUCUAGAUAUUUCUAUUGACUUUAUAAAGAAUGGAUAAUGUGUGUUUCACGCAAAGAAGAGUAGCAAGGACCAAGAGAUAAAGAACUGAAAUGACUUCGCAAGGUAGGUUACGAACGUUUAUGAUUUGCUGACGCAAAGUCGUAAUAUUAUAAGUGUAGACUUAGGUUCAUUAUCAACACUUUGAGGGAAGAUUAUAUUUUAGUAAGUUAUAAAAAAAUCUAGCCUGUUGUGAUUUUUGAGUGAUAAUUCCAUUGGCUUGACCCAGUAGGCUUAACCAUUUUUUAGCUGUCGGAGUAAAGAUAUAUAUAUUUUGUGGUAUUUCCAAUGAUUUAUUUUACUAACCAGUUUUUAUCUCAUAAGAUGAAAAUUUCAAACGUUAUUUCUUUUGUUGUGAUAAGUUAAACAGGGCGUCGGUAAGUUUUUAAUUAAAUAGGGAGAUUUAAAAGCCAUAAUCGAAGGGAAUGAGUGAGUGAAAAUCGAAAUCAAGAUGUCUUAUAAAUAAAUGAUGAAUGCGAGUCAUUGAAAAUCACAGAGACUCGAACAAAAGCUCACUGGUAAGAGCAACAGGCCUAGGAAAUAUGAAACAGCUAAAGAGCUCCGAAUUUUUUGUUGCAACCAAACCUUUAGUUUCAAUGGACACUUUUUUCCUGAAAAAAUAAGGUUUCCCUUGAAAAUGUGAGAAGAGAGCUUUUCAUAGGAGAUUAUGAAAUGAACUUAAUGCUCUGACCUAAGUCUUGUUAAAAACAAAUGAAUAAAUAGGCAUACGUCUAGCAAAUCGGAACAAAAUUCACAAUAGUUUUCGGAAAAUGUACAGUGAUAAAGAAAUUAGACCAUGCAACUUCAGUAAAUUAGCUAAAUUGAUAUGUCACUCAACAAUUGUUAUGUUUAAUUUUUGUUGACAAAUUUCUAAGUUUUUCCUUUAAAAAGGUGUUUUCUAUUUUGCUUUUUAAGUUGUUUUGUAGGAAGCAUUUUUUGACUGAUUUUGGUUUCCUUUUUUCGAGCAGAGUUGCGGACACAAAAAAAAAAGAGAGAAAGAGGGACAGAAAAAGCUGAAAAUCCCCUCAACUAGAGAAAUAAAAAAAAGGCAGGCACAACCAACAUACCCAAAAUGUCUCGACAAUAUCUUUUGUUUAAAUUGCCUUUUUGCGAUCUCAAUCACGGACUAUACUUUAGAAUCACAUUUCACGAAAAGGCGCUCGCAGAAGCGAAAGUGAAGAAUGAAUUGUUGAAGGGGGUCCUUGGUGAAUUUAGAGUAUGGCAAAAAAUGACUCGCAUACUGUAGCACGUUCUUAAAUUGUGCAAUUUAUGGUUUGCCAUUGUUAUAGCUUAUACCCGAAAUCGCUGGAUAUUUGGAAUCCUGAACCCUAAAAGUUACGUAUAAAGAAGUUUUAGUACAAGGAACUAAGACUGACGGGAUAAUUUAAAUUUCCUUUCCUUUUUUCUUAUAAAACGUACGCUAAGAAGAAAGCUAGAAGUAAGUGAAACAUCUUUAUUUUCUAACUAGGUUCUUGAACACUUCUCUUAUCUACUUGAAGGAAGUGUUAACUUGACUUAUCUAAACCGUAAAACGUUGAUUAUGAAAAUUAAAAGAAAAUGUGUUUGUAGAGUGUUUAAACAAACAUUGCUUUCUGACUUGAGAUCAAUGAUUUACUUACAUCUCCCUUAAAUCAAAUUAAAACACGAUAAGGGAAAAAACCCUAAAAGAAGUAAAGAAAAAAGUGAAAACAAGAAAAUAAAAUAAGGCAAAUGCGUUUGGGGACUGGAAUGCCCUUUUCGCUUCUUAGUAAACUUCGUUUGGUAUAAUGAAAAAAUUGUAGUGAUAAUUUUCAUACUCUUCCACAAGACUUUCACACACAAUUUCCACAAUAAAGAAACUGUUGAUCGUUGCUCACAUAUUUUUGUCAUGGUACCCGUUCUGACCCCUAAAUCUUUAGAGGUAANAAUUUAAAUUUCCUUUUCUUUUUCCUUAUAAAACGUACGCUAAGAAGAAAGCUAGAAGGAAGUGAAACAUCUUUAUUUUCUAACUAGGUUCUUGAACACUUCUCUUAUGUACUUGAAGGAAGUGUUAACUUGACUUAUCUAAACCGUAAAACGUUAUGAAAAUUAAAAGAAAAUGUGUUUGUAGAGUGUUUAAACAAACAUUGCUUUCUGACUUGAGAUCAAUGAUUUACUUACAUCUCCCUUAAAUCAAAUUAAAACACGAUAAGGGAAAAAACCCUAAAAGAAGUAAAGAAAAAAGUGAAAACAAGAAAAUAAAAUAAGGCAAAUGCGUUUGGGGACUGGAAUGCCCUUUUCGCUUCUUAGUAAACUUCGUUUGGUAUAAUGAAAAAAUUGUAGUGAUAAUUUUCAUACUCUUCCACAAGACUUUCACACACAAUUUCCACAAUAAAGAAACUGUUGAUCGUUGCUCACAUAUUUUUGUCAUGGUACCCGUUCUGACCCCUAAAUCUUUAGAGGUAACUAUUUUAUCAUAACACUCCACUGCGGGUCCUGCUUUCAUCUCGAGCUGGUAGCCAGCAGGAUAAUUUUUUUUGGAACACAGCUUUAACAUCGAAAUAUUGUUUGAAACCCGCUAAAGACACUUAGUAUAAAAUGGGGUCUUAACUUGCUAGGAGGUCAGUAGAGUAGGUACGAUGUAUUUCAAUUUUGAGGUUGCUUGCAUGAAGAUUGUAACUAAAGAAGAAAUUCUUAAGUUUCGUGUUAUUUUGAACUUUGUGUCUAAUAUUUCUAAUUUAAACCAACAAAAGGGUACUGAAUUUCGAAUUGAACAAAAUGAAGAAACGAGAAACUGCAAAUGAUGUUUCCGUCUCCUAAAAGAAAAAUAUGGUUUUUGAGGGCUUUUUUGGAGAUUGUCAGUGAACCCAAUACUCGUUAAGGAUGGCUAGUCAACCGAACUCAGUUUUAAAAGCGAAAUAAUCGAUGUUUAAAAACCAAAUAAUUUUGGCUGCUAAAGUUACUAUUUCAACAUGGCAAAACAUAGAGCCAAGUUUUCUAACUAAAUGUUUUGAAUUCUUUUCUUGUUAGAUUAUAUGGCUUCAUCUAGGGUUGUCCCAAGAUUUUUGGUCCUUGGAAUAUUUGUUUUGUUUUGUUCAAUCUGUUGGGCUGAUGCACAGGCAUACCAACGUGCACAGAAACCCCACAUCAUUAUGAUAGUAGCGGAUGAUCUGGUGAGUGAACUAGUAAAGGAACCAGGCUUCCCCUGUGAACUUAUAUAAGAUACUUAAAACAGUAAGAAUACUGUCAUCUUUUGGAAUUACCUAAAUGAGUUUCCAUUUGUUUGCCUGACGUCGAAGCAUUUUAUAUCGAUAGGAGUUUUGUUUUACAAAGUCAGCAAAUGCCUAUUCUGAACAGCUCAAUAAUUUGUGAUUGUUUUUUACUCGCUUUGAAAAAUAUGAACAUAAGAAUACAACUGAAGUUUUUCAUUGGAUCUAAUCAUUAAUAAUUCUCAUUGCAAAUCACCAUUUUCUCGUGUUUUGUUUUAGUAAAGUAGAAAUCAUCCAUUAAAGUCAACCGUAGUUUGUGGAGAACAGCAACAACAACAACAACUCUAUGGGCCCUUGCUAACCAUCUUGAUAACCAUCUCCUCACUUCAAGUAGUUUUUUUAUGUUUUAUAAAAUGACUUUAUGUUGUUGGCUUUACUCCGUUACUGACUCACUGUAUUUGUAAUUUCAACUCGUUUUUUUACUGAUUUUUUAAUUUUUCAGGGAUGGGAUGACGUAAGUUUUCAUGGCUCGCCCCAGAUCCCCACUCCCACCCUGGAUGGGCUGGCUGAAUCAGGAGUUAUCUUGAAUAACUAUUAUGUGUCUCCCAUGGAUUCGCCAACAAGGGCAGCCUUCAUGACAGGAAAAUACGCUCUAAAUUUAGGUAACCAGUUUAUAUUUAUCAAGUAUACAUUAUUAAAUAUGCACAAUCUAUAACGGCUACCUUAAGGACAGAGGAUGGGGUAAGGUUGCCGUCACUUUGACCAGCUAGGGGUGUAAUUUGACGAGUUGUGUGAAAGGGUAGAACGUUUUAAUUGGUAAAAACAGUUGUAAUUGGGUAUAAUUUGUAGCACAAUCUGUGGUCAAGUUUAGUAAACAAAACCCAAAGGUUCAGAGCGAAAAUACUGACAAAUCUACAUUGCUUCUUUUUUUUAAAAAAACGAAAAAUGGCCGUUGUGGAUAGGUUAUUUGAGUAGCUGGGAGGCGCGUAAUGGAGAAGUGUCGCUCUUAGAGAGGAGACACGAAGUCAUGUCGUUGUAGAUUCCAACCCGAAAAGUUUUAGGUUUACGAUAAUCAUUUGGGGGGAACCAAUCAGAUCUCGAAAUGGCACCAAGUGAGAUCAAAUCCUAAUAGUAAGGGGCUAUUCACACAAUACUAGAAUGAGAAAUGAGUUUUGUUCUCUGUCAAUUUCGUACUAUUUUCACACAACAAAUUCGCCCUACUCACGCUUUUUUAAGUUCGCCUGUCUAUCGUGCCAAAUCACCUUGAAAGCGAUAAGCAUACGCCACUUACCCCAAACUACUCGGUUGCAAUUUUCAUUUCGGAACGAAACAGAAUGAAAUAUCAUACAAGGAGAACAAGAAUUUCAUUUGGAUUGAAGACCGAAAUUAACUCAUUCCGGAAUAACUUGUACGAAAGCGAAGUUUCUUUUAUCGGUAUCUUAUAAACGGGUACAGGGAAAUCAUGUAUGGAGAUGAAAUGGACUCGCUCCAGAAAAAAAGAAGUUACUUAGCUGUCAUGUUACCUAAGUUUUAGGUUCUAUUCUUAUUAAUUUAAAAAGGAGCUGGGUAUUUUCAGCAAAUCAUACAGCGAGGCAAUUCAAGCCAUGGAAGGUGUGUGUAAAAUUGAAGAUCUUGGUCAGGGUCUUUAUCUGAAUAAAAUGUCUAGUCAAAUCGUCAGUCAUCAUCAUCUUUAUCGUAGAAGCUUGGCAUCGCGUGUGUGUAAUUGUUCAAACGUUUGUUUGAAUGGCACAAUGGACUUUAAAGUGUGAAAAGGCAGAUUUCGCUUGAGCACAGUUUCUCCGGCAAUUAAAGGAGUCUUUACUUGAGCUUUUCGAUCUGAUAUUUGAAACAAGUAGACUUCUGUACUGAAAAAAAAAAUGUAGAAGAAGAGGAAGAAGAAGAAGAAAAGAACUAAGGUACAUUUGAGGCGACGUUUGAACUUUUGCCUUCCAUGCCAAUGUGUGUUACAUUAAUAUAGAAGUUGUUGAAAAUUUGAGCUUUAAUUAUAGCACGUGCAUGUCGAACCAAAAUUGGUUAUUGUAUGGUUUUAUCGGGCUUAGUCGAUGGUUAAACCCCAGAACGCCAAAAUUUAGUUCUUUUUCUCAUUCGAGCUAAUGGCACAGAAGAAAAAAUUAAUGUCCUUUGUCUUUCCUUUCUAUGUAUUAAUCUCUUUUUACAAUUUUUUGUUGCUGAUUUGCAGGGCUUCAGCAUGACACAAUCCAUAAUAAACAGCCCUUUGGGUUGCCGCUUAAAGAGAAGCUUCUUCCAGAGUAUUUGCGGCAGAUGGGCUAUUCCACCCAUGCUGUAGGAAAGGUACGUUGAAACUUUUCUGGUGGGCAGCACCCUGAAUUAUUGAAAAAAAAAAAUCACGAGUAUUCUUAGUCUGCAACCACGUGAAAAGAAGACCAUGUUGGUGGUCCUUACAAUACUUUUUUCGGAGAAUAUAAUGAAAAUGGAGUUCCCAGAGGAGAGAAAUGCUUUUAAUUUGUUCUUGACCACCAACAUGGCCUCCGUAACGUCACUUGCAAACAAGCAAUUAUUGCCUCAGGUUUGCACGUUCUCCCAACCUUAUAUAACUAUGAAAUGGUAUUCUUUUAAGGAUCCUCCUUUCCCCCCUUGAUAUAAUUUCUAUUUUCUGCGCACGUAACGGCUAUGUUAAAACGAAAAAUAUCACAUGAUGUAAAACCAGUUAAUAAUAAAGUUUUAAUUGAGACUAAUGCAGGUUAAUAUAUUGAGAUCAUUGUUAAAAGCCUGUAGCUAGGCGAUAGACAAACGGCUAUUUUUUUUUUGUGCAAGGAGAACUUUUAGUUUUACAUUGUGAUGGGCUUUGUUUAAUAAUAAGGUUUUGAUUGCGUCAUUUUGUUCCAACAGUGGCAGCUGGGUUUUUUUGCUAAAGAAUUCACCCCUACCUACAGGGGAUUUGACUCAUUCUACGGCUUCUGGACUUCCGGUCAGGACUAUUUCAGUCAUGUGACCUAUGACGGAAGUUACGGGCUUGAUUUGAGGAGAGACUUGGCUGUAAGUAUUUAAAUGAAUUUUUUUUUUCUGUUCUAAUGGUUCUGAUAACCUAAAAGUAUGUUUCAGUGUAGAAUUCUUCAAGAGACCGUGGAUUUUUUGCGGAGAAACUUGAGACCUUUUAAAACAAGUUCGAGAACCUUCGUUCCUUUUCGGUAGAAACAGUCGGGAAUUUUUGGAUGGUACUGUUGCUUAGUUAAUGUCUGCUGUUGUUUUCCCAGGUCGUGUACAAUGAAACAGGUACUUAUGGUACGGAGCUGUUCACUCGUGAAGCCGACAAAGUUAUUAAUGACCACGAUGAUUCCAAACCUUUGUUUCUGUACUUUGCACAGCAAGCGGUGCAUGUAGGGAAUGAUAACGAGCCGCUCCAGGUCCCAAAGAAAUACCUCGACCGUCUUAGUUACAUCGGUGACGAAAAGAGGCGGACGUAUGCAGGUAAUAAACAAAAAGUGGUUCUAAUUAUAAUUGAGUCAUACUUUUAAGUUAGUUUAUCGGUGUAAUAAUUCAUAUUGUUUCUGUAGGUUCUGUUCUUAUUGAUUUUUAAACUGAAUGGCGGGGGAUUUUAGGCCAAUCAUCUAGCGAGGCAAUACAGGCUAGAAAGGUGGAUGUAAAAUUGACGUUCUCGUUGCCCUCGUAGACGACUCUUGUGGUUCUGGUCAAGUGUGAUUAAUAAAACAUUCGCAUAAAACACGAGAGCGCUAUUACUUUGAAUCAUUUUGUUGGAUUUUCUGUGGUCUUAGCAAAUUGUUUUCGCCCCUUUUGUUUUUCACAUUCUUUGCCCUCUCAUUCUUGAAUACUUUUCUCCAAAUGAAUUCUUACUGUUCAGUGUUGUUGUUGUUUUAUUAUUGAGUAAAGUUUUCAAAAUGUGGUACCUCUGACGCUGGGCAUUCCAUGAGGGGCGAGCCUUGGAAAUGAAUUUACAAAACGUGAUUACUAGUACCUCUGUUUGUACAAGGAAAAGUCACUCCUUGAAAUAAAUUUCUUACUUAAUUUAUCUUAGGUAUGGUCUCUGCUUUGGAUGAGUCAGUUCGCCAAAUAGUCACAACUCUAAAGAGGAAAGGUCUCUAUGACAACUCCAUCAUCAUUUUUACCACUGACAACGGCGCAGCCGCUGGGGGAUUGGACUCCAGUGCGGGCUCAAAUUUUCCGCUGCGAGGUGCUAAAAAUACUCUAUGGGAGGGAGGAGUGCGUGGAGUGGGUUUUGUCCACAGCCCUCUUAUCAAGAAGAGAGGUAAACUAUCGCCUUCAAUUAUGUUCUCAGUAUUGAUUCCGUGGCAUCUCAAGUCUUUCCCUUUGUCAUGACUGUGUAGUUCCUAGUCUUCCAACCUUUAAGAUAAUUUCGAUCAAUUGACGUUGACUUGUUCAUGUCGCGUUGGACAAGUUAGGCCAAAUAGCCAAAAUAUAACUGACGACCACAAUGAUGAAAAUAUCGGUAAGACUCUCGCCAUCAUUUGUAAAGUAAUCUAUCUAGUGCUACAUUUGCGAUCUAUUUAAGAAUUUUUCCUUUCUCCACUAAGGUCGAGUAUCAACUGCUUUAUUGCACGCUUCUGACUGGUUCCCAACCUUCUAUACGCUGGCAGGCGGUAACGUUAAGAGCCUGGGUGCCAUUGACGGUUUUAAUGUCUGGGAUACAAUUUCAAAUGAUGCCCAGUCUCCAAGAUACGAGAUUCUGCAUGGCUUGGAUUCUUUAAAAGAGAAAAAGGCAGCUAUAAGAAUCGGAGACUACAAGAUGAUUGUCCACCAAAACCGCAGUUUCUAUAGCGACUGGUACCCCAGACCUGAAAGUCUACACGAACUUGAUCAGGUCCCUAAGCCAAGUCUGCUUAAAGAUGCAUCAGUAGACUGUACAGUCAGGCAUCCACAUCCUUUGCUGUACACUAAAGCGCCGAUUUGCAACCCUGAGAAAAAGCCUUGUCUCUUCAAUAUCAAAUGGGACCCAUGCGAGUAUCACAACUUGGCUGAUUUUAUGCCUAACACCCUAAAAGUUAUGAUAGACAGGCUGAAAUUCUAUGCUCGAAAAUCUGCGCCCACAAUGUACCCUCAAGCGGAUGAAAGCGCAAACCCUGAUCAGCAUGGAGGAGUCUGGACACCAUGGCGGGAGAAAACGGAUGUUGAUCAGACCAUGAACGACUAUGUUUAUCCAUAUUCUUACUACGAUUCGCCCAAACCUAAGCCUAGCGGUCCCCCGAAGAACCAGCUUGACCAGUUUAUGAGAGAUCAAGGACUGGCUGGUAGCGAUAAAGCAAACACUUACCCAGAAGUUGAAGAUAUUAUCAUCAACUUCCGGGAACAUAACAUGACGGAAGGUUCUUUAUUCCUCCGUUAGCGCUGGAAUCGUUUAUGGCUUUGUUGUGGUUGUUGGCGAAGAUGCCGUUCGUACCGUGGCGGCCGCCAAUAGUACCGAAGGUGACGACGCGAGUAGUUGUGACGAGGAGGAGGACGGUCUAUUGCUCCAGCGAUUGCGUCCAGGGUCACACCGAAACUUGAUUAUGCCGCGCAGAGACCGAAACCUUUCCGCCCAACAGGAUUUCUGAAAGGCUUCUUUCGGCAUCAACUUGCUCAUACCACCAUGACACCAGGUGGUGCCAAUCGUAUCGCUGACACAGUGAAACAAGUCGAACAGAUUGUUGCGAAAACCCCUAAGUAUGUCAACCCACUCACCAUGCGACCCACUGACAAAAUGCCUGCCAUACACGCCUGGCCCACGGAGCAGUCACUUCUUCCAAAUGACGUACAAAGCGUGAUCAGACAUAACGGUUUCACCAAGCAUCUCGCCUCAAGCCACGUAGAGGAGGUCUCGAUGCUUCCUCCUGUGAAAUCACCAGAGACACUUGCUCACAAACCGGCUAUGUUCAGCUCACACGCUCACAAAGGGGACACACUGCCUGAAAUUCUCGAUAUAAUCGAUGAGCCCGCUGUGCCGAAUGCCUAUGCUGCAGGCGGUAGCGGUCAGGAGGAAACCAUUCCGAAGAUUUUUGACAUUAUUGACGAAGCUCAUAAACAGGGCAGUCAAGUGAAGGAGUUAUCUUCACAACAACAAGGGCCAAUAGCAACUAGCAAACCACUAACCAGCAACGAUGUAGGCUCAGGAAUGGGCGUGGGUCUGACGGGAUUACCAGACGGAAUUUCGGUUUUCGGUAAGUUGGGCGAUCAGAAGAUUUUGUCCAAGUCCCACGAGACCGGAGAAGGAAGGGAACAUAUUGUCGCUAAAGAGAAACCGUCGAAAGGAAAGAAGAAGGCGAAUGUCCACAAAUUCAUUGGCAAUAUUACCAUCGACGGUCGGCGUUAUCUAGUUGUGGGAACUGAGACUGAGGAAUCGGAUUCAGUUUCGUCGCAUAUGGAGGGUAACACGAUCACUCUACAUCUACCAAAGUCAAAGAAACCCCACUCUCACGAUGAAAAGUCAAAGGGCAAAGAUAAGUCAGCAGAAGACGCAGAUAGCAAGUCGGAGAUUGGAGGAUUUCGUGCCCCCAGCGAGCCUGGAAUCGGUGAAAUCACUGACUACAUUGACGACGACGAACUUGGCACCGAGAAACCGACGAACAAAACACUGGCAGCCCAUAAUAUCACGGCGGUGGCGACCACUGGCAACAACACGAAGUGCGAGAAGGUCGUUCAGUUGGAUACCUCCGAUAACGCAGUCGUCGUGUCUUCGGUCGUGAUUGUCGUUAUUGCGUCGGCAAUGGUCGUGGGAGUUGCCGUUGUUGCUAUGGUUGCGGUGGUUGCGAGGCACUGUCAAAAUGCUAGAAAUUGA